GCUCCUGCGGGUCCGCGGGCGGGGGCGGGUCCGGGCCGCGGGCAGAGUCCGGGGCGGGGUGGCUCCUGCGGGGCCGGGACGCCGGCCUGCGGGAUCCGCUCGGGACCUCGGGAUUGCGAACCAAACACACUACAGAUAGCCCAGCUGAAUAUGUCCUCAAAGUAAGCAACACAGAGUCCAGCAAAACUCCAGACCUGAUCGAAGUGCAGAGUCACAUCAUGAUGUUUCUGAGAGCAGCUGGAUUUCCAACAGCAUCUGUGUGCCGUACUAAAGGAGGAAACAUCACCUCUCUCGUGUCCAUAGAUAGUGGCUCUGAAAUCAAAAGCUACUUGGUGAGGCUGCUGACUUACCUCCCGGGAAGACCCAUAGCCGAGAUUCCUGUCAGCCCACAGCUGUUAUAUGAAAUUGGAAGGCUAGCUGCCAAAUUGGAUAAGGCACUGGAGGUAAGAUUUGGG